AUGUUUUCAUUCCGUGCAGUUAUUUUUCUAGAUUUUUCUUUCUUCUUUCUUUCUUUUUUUCUUUCUUUCUUUCUUUCUUUCUUUCUUUCUUUCUUCACUGAUCAUUUCACCUACAGCAGUAACCUUUUUUUCUUUCGUUUUUUUCUUUUCUAUGUUUAUUCCGUGCAGUUAUUUGUAGAUUUUUCUUUCUUCUUUCUUUCUUUCUUUCUUUUUCUUUUCUUUCUUUCUUUUCUUUCUUUUUCUUUCUUUUUUCUUUCUCAUUUCACUGCAGUCAUUUGUAGUAACCUUUUUUCUUUCGUUUUUUUUUCUUUCUAUGUUUUAUUCCGUGCAGUUAUUUUUCUUUCAUUUUUUCUUUCUUCUUUCUUUCUUUCUUUUCUUUCUUUCUUUCUUUCUUUCUUUCUUUUUCUUUCUUCACUAGUCAUUUCACUUACAGCAAUUUUUUCUUUCUUCUUUCUUUCUUUCUUUCUUUCUUUCUUUCUUUCUUUCUUUCUUUCUUCACUGAUCAUUUCACUUACAGCAGUAACCUUUUUCUUUCGUUUUUUCUUUCUAUGUUUAUUCCGUGCAGUUAUUUGUAGAUUUUUUCUUUUUCAUUUCUUUCUUUUCUUUCUUUCUUUCUUUCUUUCUUUCUUUCUUUCUUUCUUUCUUUCUUCACUGAUCAUUUCACUUACAGCAAUUUUUUUCUUUCUUCUUUCUUUCUUUCUUUCUUUCUUUCUUUCUUUCUUUCUUUUUUUCUUUAACCUUUUCUUUCUUUCUUCACUGAUCAUUUCACUUUUUUUUUCAGUAACCUUUUUUCUUUCUUUUUUCUUUCUUUGUUUUUCUUUCUUCCUGCAGUUAUUUGCAGUUUUUCUUUCUUUUUUCUUUCUUUCUUUUUUCCAUUGCUUUUGUAGAUUUUUUUCUUUCUUUUUUUUCUUUCUUUCUUUCUUUCUUUCUUUCUUUCUUUCUUCACUGAUCAUUUCACUUACAUUAUUUGUAGAUUUUUCUUUCUUCUUUCUUUCUUUCUUUCUUUCUUUCUUUCUUUCUUUCUUUCUUUCUUUUUUCUUCACUGAUCAUUUCACUUGCAUUAUUUGUAGAUUUUUCUUUCUUCUUUCUUUCUUUCUUUCUUUCUUUCUUUCUUUCUUUCUUUCUUUCUUUCUUCAUUUCAUUUCACUUACAGCAUUAUUUGUAGAUUUUUUUUUUCUUCAUUCUUUCUUUCUUUCUUUCUUUCUUUCUUUCUUUCUUUCUUUCUUUCUUUCUUCACUGAUCAUUUCACUUACAGCAGUAACCUUUUUCUUUCGUUUUUUCUUUCUAUGUUUAUUCCAUGCAGUUAUUUGUAGAUUUUUCUUUCUUCUUUCUUUCUUUCUUUCUUUCUUUCUUUCUUUCUUUCUUUCUUUCUUUCUUUCUUUCUUUCUUUCUUCACUGAUCAUUUCACUUACAGCAAUUUUUUUUUCUUUUCUUCUUUCUUUCUUUCUUUUUUCUUUCUUUCUUUCUUUCUUUUUCUUUCACUUCACUGAUCAUUUCACUUACAGCAGUAACCUUUUUCUUUUCGUUUUUCUUUCUAUGUUUUAUUCCGUGCAGUUAUUUGUAGAUUUUUUUUUCUUUCUUCAUUCUUUCUUUCUUUCUUUUCUUUCUUUCUUUCUUUCUUUCUUCACUGAUCAUUUCACUUACAGCAGUAACCUUUUCUUUCGUUUUUUCUUUCUAUGUUUAUUCCGUGCAGUUAUUUGUAGAUUUUUCUUUUCUUCUUUCUUUCUUUUCUUUCUUUCUUUCUUUUUCUUUUUUCUUUCUUUCUUCACUUUAUUUGUAGAUUUUCUUUUUUUUUCUUUCUUUCUUUCUUUCUUUCUUUCUUUCUUUCUUUCUUCUUUCUUUCUUUCUUUCUUUUUCUUUUUUUUUUCUUUCAUAUUUUAUCAUUUCACAAUUUUUUCUUUCCUUUUUCUUUCUUUUUUUUUUUUAUUUCUUUCUUUCUUUCUUUUUUUCUUUCUUCUUUCUUUCUUUCUUUCUUUCUUUCUUUCUUUCUUCACUGAUCAUUUCACUUACAGCAUUAUUUGUAGAUUUUUUUCUUUCUUCUUUCUUUUCUUUCUUUCUUUCUUUCUUUUUCUUUCUUUCUUUCUUUCUUUCUUUCUUUUCUUUCUUUCUUCACUGAUCAUUUUCACUUACAGCAUUAUUUGUUCUUUCUUUUUCUUUCUUUCUUUUCUUUCUUUCUUUCUUUCUUUCUUUCUUUCUUUCUUUUCAUUUCACUUCUUCAGCAGUUCAACCUUUUUCUUUCGUUUUUUUUUUCUAUGUUUAUUCCGUGCAGUUAUUUGUAGAUUUUUUCUUUCUUUCUUCUUUCUUUCUUUCUUUCUUUCUUCACUGAUCAUUUCACUUACAGCAGUAACCUUUUUCUUUCGUUUUUUCUUUCUAUGUUUAUUCCGUGCAGUUAUUUGUAGAUUUUUCUUUCUUCUUUCUUUCUUUUCUUUCUUUCUUUCUUUCUUUCUUUCUUUCUUUCUUUUUUCUUUCUUUCUUUCUUUCUUUCUUUCUUCACUGAUCAUUUCACUUACAGCAGUAACCUUUUUCUUUCGUUUUUUCUUUCUAUGUUUAUUCCGUGCAGUUAUUUGUAGAUUUUUUCUUUCUUCUUUCUUUCUUUCUUUCUUCUUUCUUCUUUCUUUCUUUCUUUUCUUUCUUUCUUUCUUUCUUUCUUUCUUCACUGAUCAUUUCACUUACAGCAUUAUUUGUAGAUUUUUUCUUUCUUCUUUCUUUUCUUUUUUCUUUCUUUCUUUCUUCUUUUCUUUCUUUCUUUCUUUCUUUCUUUCUUUCUUCACCAUUGAUCAUUUCACUUUUUUCAUUAUUUGCAGUUAUUUUUUCUUUCUUCUUUCUUUCUUUCUUUCUUUCUUUCUUUUUCUUUCUUUUUUUUUUCUUUUCUUUCUUUCUUUCUUUUUUUUCAAACUUUCUUUCUUUCAAACAUUCUUUCUUUCGUUUUUUUCUUUGAUCCGUUUUCACCAUUCUUUCUUUUUUUUCUUUGAUCAUCUCUCUUUUCAACCGUUCUCCUUUUUUUCUUUCUUUCUUUCUUUUUCUUUCUUUCAGUUCUUUUUGCUUUCUUUUUUUCUUUCUUUCUUUUCUUUCUUUCUUUUUUUUUCUUUCUUUCUUUCUUUCGUUCUUUCUUUCUUUCUUUCUUUCUUUCUUUCUUUCUUUCUUUCUUCCGUCCUUUUUUUUUUUCUUUCUUUCUUUCUUUCCAACUUUAGAAGUUUCUACCAUCGUUUUUUUUCUUUCUUUCUUUUUUCUUUCUUUCUUUCGAACUUUCUUUCUUUCUUUCUUUCUUUCGAACUUUCUUUCUUUCGAACAUUCUUUCAAACUUUCUUUCUUUCUUUGAUCCACUUUCAUAACCUCUUUUUUUCUUUCUUUCUUUCUUUCUUUCUUUCUUUCUUUCUUUCUUUCUUUCUUUUCUUUCUUUCGAGACUUUCUUUCUUUCUUUCUUUCUUUGAUCUUUCUUUUUUUCUGUCAUUCUCUUUUCUUUCUUUGAUCAUCUCUCUUUCUUUCUUUCACUUUUUUCUUUCUUUCUUUCCAACACUUUCUUUUCUUUCUUUUCUUUCGUUUCUUUCUUUCUUUCUUUCUUUCUUUCUUUCUUUCUUUCUUUUCUUUCUUUCUUUCUUUUCUUUCUUUCUUUCAGACUUUCAAACUUUCCUCUUUUUUUCUUUUCGUAACCUCUUUUUCUUUCUUUCUUUCUUUCUUUCUUUCUUUCUUUCUUUCUUUCGAACUUUCUUUCUUUCUUUCUUUCAAACUUUCUUUCUUUCAAACAUUCUUUCAAACUUUCUUUCUUUCUUUGCUCCGUAA